AUUUGCUUUUCACAAGCAUCACCACUUCACACAGCUCGCAAGCAGACCCAAAUCAUACAUCGAAUACGGAGAUACUAAACACAUCAGUUAAAGGGAUGGCCGUUAGACUUGUCGUUGCAGGUGCCUGCGAGGACAUCAUUCUACCUUGCAGGAGUGAUACAUAUUUCGCAGAUGCUAACAGUUGUGGACAUUAUUAUCGAUGCCAAGGCUACCAGGUAUGGCGAAACAAGUGCCCUCUAGGAACGGUAUCCAUGAGGCAAGGGCCGAGGCCAUGCGUGGGGCAUAGUUGGCAGUGUGACAACGGCAACCCUCAGGCGCGAUGCGCCAAGGAAACGUCAAAUGAAACAGAAGAUAAUGAAAGCUGCACUCUGAGAUUUGAACUGCCUUGUAAGAAUGAGACGCGUUUCAUGGAUCCCGUCUCCUGCGGACACUACCUGACAUGUCGGAAUCGAAAACAAGGACAUGUGCUUGGGCGGAAAGCUUGCGACCUCCCGGCUCAAUGUCACUUGAUGAAAAACAACCAAUACUGCUCAAGCUUUGGAAAGACCAAAUGCCACAAGAAAGGCAUGGUUACGAUCGUUGGCCAGCCUGACCAUACCGUUCCCAACAAUGAAGUCACUCCAAAUACCGACACGAGCGAGGUGAAUAACACAGCCCUUAUUGUGGGCCUUGUGAUGGCAACUGUGGUGUCUUUACUCAUCGUGGGAUUUCUUGUGCUAAUAUUUUACAAAAAGAAGCAGAAGAAGAAGAGGCCACCCUGUUUACCCGCCUUGACGGUGAGUGCGCCGAUCCCCAUAAAUGAGCCUUGCCAGUCUAUUCGUUACAGCCAGGUGAACCGGCCUAUAUCUAUCCUUACAUACAACGAACCGAACACAUAUUCGAUGGUCUCUGACACCAACAAUGCUCAGUUACCCGAAUCGGACUUUUAUAAAGGGAACGGUUACAACGUGCCAUCUGAGCAUUCUGGGCUUUACGAAGAAAUCGAGAGCUGCCGAGGAGGACUUGCAAGUCCGGCAUAUUCCUCAAAUAACGAUGUCGUCAAUCGCCCAGGCAAAGAGAUUCUUGAGGCCGGGGACGGGAUGACGAAAACGAAGACAGCAGUAAUCGUUCCCAGGAGGCCGAUCAGGCGUAUGGCGGACUCCCGUCCACUAAGUGACGAGUUUCAUCGUGCUAAGAACGCCGUCGUUCCCCGACCUUCAAGGCCGUUCUCGUUGACGUCGUUGACGUCGCUCUUCCCACCAAGGCUCCCGCUCGAGCCACCAAGAGAUUCAUGUUCCAAUUUGAACUAUGGAUACUCUCAUCCGUAUUUUAUUCUGCCUAGUAAUAGACCUUUGGACAGUCCUAAUUCGCCCACAGGCCCGCUUUCUGCAACCAGACAGGGUUCUCUAUCGAGUCCCGGGGCUUCUGGUUUAGGUUCUCCGACAAGUCCACAAAACGGUCCUAAGUACUUCAUCCUGGAGAACGUGGCUAGCAGUCUGGAUGCUGAUGCAGUAUCAGUUGACACAACUUACUGCGAAAUAGACGAUGCCCAUUUCCUUCAAGAUAAUUUCAGUGUUAGGAAAUCAUAUCCCGCAACUUUUGCUUGAGUGAAGCAGAUAUACAUGUAUUUUAAGGUGUGUGUGUGUGAGUAGUGUUCUCGCAGACGGAAGAGUGUUCCGUCGAGCUAUAAUAUGGUGAAUUCCAGUCAACUUAAUCUGCCCACAGUUAACGUAUAGAGAAGUUAAAAAGCCCCCCCCCCCACCCCAAAAAUAAAAUAGCGACGAAAACAGCACACUAUGUCGUUAAAAUCCCCUGGACUUGCAUUAGGUGAACUUCGCCAUGAAUGUUGCUUGUCAGUUUAUAACUAAGCAUGGGUCGAUUAACUUUUUGGUAGAAGUUGUUAAGAUUUAAGCUGGGCAACUCUCCGAAGGAAUGCCGCUCAUAAGAAGCGAAUCUGUGAUUCUGUUUAUACACCAUUUUAGCAAUACAUUCCCUGUAUAUCUGUAUUAUGUUGCAUACUUUUAAAUUUCAAGAAGAAUGUUCGACUCAAAGUGUGAGUACUUGUAUGUAAUAUAUAAGAUUAAAUGAAACAAAAUACACGACUCCUUGUAUACUUGUUAAUCACGCAGGCAUCGAUCUUGACACACGUAACAUAAAGGCCUAUUUUAGCAUAUAAAGAAUCGAGCGAAGCAUUACUUGUGCAA